GCAACUGGUGUUGCGGAAGUAGCCAUCGCCGCCUGCAGGGGGAUGCGAACUGCUUGGCCUGCACACGAAAGCAAAAAACAGGUGGGAGCCCGGGAUCUGAGGUCAGAGAGGGGAGAGAGAGCCUUUAGCAACGAUGGGAGCACUAAAGUCUACACCGGAUCCGAUUGAAUACGCAGAUCUGUCGGAGAAAACUGGCUAUUCACUUAAGCAGAUUAGAGUUCUUCAUAAGAGGUUCAGAGAGCUGAGUGAUGGAGAUGAUGUUUUGAGGAGGGAACAUUUCCGAUGCAUCUCUUCUCUCAAAUACAAUCCCAUUCGUGUAGAGAUCAUAGAGGCUUUCUUUAACCGAAGAAACUUUUCCCCGAGUCAUCAGGGCAGCGCAGACGAGAUUGGCUUUGAAGAAUUUCUGGUGGUCAUGUCUCAUUUCAGGCCCCCGUCUCCGAAAAUAACAGAUGAACAGCGUAAAAAUAUCAGGAGGGAAAAACUUCAAUUUAUAUUCAACAUGCAUGACUCAGACGGCGAUGGAUUGGUAACGCUUGAGGAUUACAGACAUGUGGUGGAGGAGUUGUUAUCUCGCAGCGGAGCACUGGGGAAAGAAACAGCCAAAGCCAUUGCUGAUGCAGCCAUGUUUGAAGUGGCCAGAACAGUUGGUCACAAGGACCCCAAUGAAUUUUAUGAGGGAAUCACCUUCGAGCAUUUCCUGAAGCUGUUGUCUAACUUUGACAUCGAAUCAAGGAUGAACAUUCGGUUUUUAAAGUCGGAUGUGAACCCUUUCUGCCAGUUGUGUUGCUAGCCUGAAGUGUCCAGCUGUUUUAAGUAAGCUUUGAGAAUAGAAAGUUUUAUGCCUUAACUGUGUGAUAUUAAUUUCUUGUUUUGCUCUGUAGCAAAAUGCUUGCACUGACAAUACGCCUCCUGCAUGUUGGAACAACUAUGCAAACUGAACGGCAAUUUGAAUUUAUUAGAAGACUUAAUUCUAAGCAAUAAGAUUGCACUACUGUAUGCCAAGACAGAGCAAUGAUAUUCAAAUAUAGAUGACUCUAUUUGUUGAUCUAAAUGGGAAUGAAUAUACAAAUUAUUUUCAUAAAUCUCAUGUGAUAUUAUAGUUGUCUUGUAGGAUCACAGAAAAUAUUUAUUUCUUUACUAUAGAAUGUGCUUGCCUUGCAUUGUUUGCACAAAAACACUUUAUUAUUUGCAUUUAUUUUAAAAGAAAUAACAUUUUGGUUCCAGUGAAAACUUUACAAUACACUUCAUGGGCAUGAAUGCUCUUUCAGCUUUCGGCCAUAAAGCAGACUUUUAAAUUGUCUUUUUUAGAUCAGAGUGAAUGUCAUAACCCAACCAAGCCACCGCAAACACGGGGUUAAAGCCUUUAUGGCAUCAUGCCUGGAAUACACAACUCUUAUAGCUGUAUAUGGCUAACAGCUUUUAACAUGGUUUGACUGCUGUUCUUGCCAGAAUGGGCCAUUUUCUGAUUCAUUUAUAGAUUUUCUUUAUUUAAUAAAUUUGCACCAUAACCAGUCAAGUCUGAAAAAGAAUUAAAAGCCAAAAAUUGAUUUAACAUUCAUGCCAAUAAUGAGUGUAGGUUUGUGAAUGGGACUUUAUUCAAAUAAAUAUCCUCUUUUAUUGUUAGCAGUGUUCAAGAAACGGAAUGAUAUUUAGAUACAAAUGACUAUAUAUGUCAAUGCAGGGGCUUCAACAUGCAAAGUUUUAUUUUUGUAAUGCUCCUUGAUCAAAGACAGCAUAGUUUGUCUCAUGGCAAAAUGUUUUUUUUUUUUUUUUUGUCAUUUUCUUUCUAUU